CCGCCGUGGUGUUGGAGCCUGCGACGUUGCUUAGAGAGAAAGAGGGGAGAGAAAAAAAGAAAAAUCUCAUCCUUUCUGCUCCAGCCACUGAACGCACCAUCUGACGGGGAAAUAAGUGAAGGCUGAGAUGUCUCUCAUGUGAGCCACAUGGCACAACCACAGAGGGGCCGUAGAAAGUCCAAGAACAGCGAAGCAACUCGCAAAAACUUUCCAGCGCAAGCUAACUUGUCAAACGUUGGAAAAUCUGCCUCCCUGGGUUUCCCCAGAAAGGAUACACACAAAUAAAUCCAGGGAGUGCUGUGAAAACGUCAUUGAGGAGUGGGAAGAGACACCAAAAAUAUAAAACAGAUCACUCCAAGGUCCCAUGCCACUGAGUUACAUAGAUGUCAAGUCUUCAGUGAGAGCAUGAAGACAAGUUGCUUCCCUUCAAAUUGUAGUUCAAGAAAUUAUGACAUAACAAGGAUCUACUGCUCAUCACCAUAAUGCUGAAACAGGCAUUCUAAAUCCCUCACUCCUUCUUCAGCACCCAACCUAGGCCCGUUUUUUUCUUUUUUGGGGGACGUUUUUCCUGGUUUUCUUUAUCCUACAAUCAAAUCCUUCUUCGUCUUUGCCCUGAUUAUAGCCUUUACACUCUACCUUUUUCUUUUUGUUGACAUCAUGCAGCGUGCUUCCACUGUUUCAGUUCUCCUCCCUCUUACACUUUUUCCGCUCCUCUUCUUUUCCUGGUUUCCUUACAUGGCCAACGGGGACUGCUGGCUUAUUGAAGGAGACAAAGGCUAUGUUUGGCUAGCUAUAUGCAGUCAGAACCAGCCUCCCUAUGAGACUAUCCCCCAACAUAUCAACAACACAGUCCAUGACUUGAGGCUGAACGAAAACAAGCUGAAAGCUGUGCUUUUCAGUUCCAUGUACCGCUUCACGAACCUGACCGACCUCAACUUAACCAAGAAUGAAAUCAGCUAUAUUGAGGACGGCGCUUUUGCAGGACAAGCCAAUUUACAGGUUCUUCAACUGGGUUACAACAAGUUGACGAAUAUCACUGAAGGCAUGAUGAGAGGACUUGGUCACAUGCAGUGCCUCUUCCUACAGCACAACCUCAUUGAAGUUGUUGCAAACAAUGCAUUCUGGGAGUGUCCCAGCCUCAGCAGUAUUGACCUGUCGUCCAACAAACUCGCCCACAUCGACCCGAUUACAUUCACAUCUCUGAACCGCCUGAUGGUAUGUGAACUGGCUGCAAAUCCAUUCCACUGUGGCUGCGAUCUUCUAGGUUUCCUGCGCUGGCUAGAAUCCUUCAACAAUGUGACACACACGUAUGAUCGCCUCCAGUGUGAAACACCAAGGGAAAUAUUUGGCUACCCUUUACUGAGUUCUUUUUCUUCAAGCCACAGUGGCCGUAAUGCCAAAAACAUUUUGAACCAUCGCUGCAAGGAUGGUGUGAUGAUUCCAGGAAUGACGUCUCUGCCACCAGAUAUUGAUGGUCCUUCUGGGAUUGGACCAGACAUGUUUGGUGGUGUUGGGCCAUACUACCAACCCACCCCAUCAUCUUCAUCCACAGAUGACAGCUUGAGCCCAAGCAUUAAGCUCCAACAUGUUUCUUCGUCAUCAGCCUCUGUCAUUAUAAAAAUUCCAAGACCGUUCAGCAAAAUGUAUAUUCUUACACAAUACAACUACUCAAUGGCAUCUGAUGUCACCAAUUUGAAACUGAUGAUACAAAAAAUAACUCUCGACAAGCUUAGACCUAGCAAUAAUUACACCUUCUGUGUAUGCUCUGUCCGUAACUCACAGCGUUAUAACCACACCUGUCUCCAGUUUACCACGCGAGGCCAAAAUCGGGACGAUAUGCUCCCCACUCCCUCAACCACUACUCACUACAUAAUGACCAUUGUAGGAUGCCUUUUUGGCAUGCUCAUUGUCAUAGGAAUUGUCUAUUACUGUCUUCGUAAAAAACGAAUGCAUGAUGAGAAGAAAAAGUCCAUCUCUGUGAAAAAAACUAUUCUUGAAAUGCGUUACGGACCAGAGGUGGCAGCAGCAGUAGCAAAUGAUCCAUCGGCAGUCCAAAAGCUUCAGGAGCAGUCAAGGGAGCAUCACCAGUAUCAGCAUCACCAUGGUGGAAAACUAUCCACAUCCUCCAGCUCUGGACUGCUACAUUCUGCAAACACAACCUCCUCAAGACUUUCCUCUAUCCCUCAAGUGGAAAAGAUGGCCUCAGCUUUCUCUGAAGCAAUGGCUACAAGUAAAGGAAACUACAUGGAUGUGAGAACUGGAGGGGCUGGGAUGGAAAGAGUGGGGGAUGGUAGUCAUGGUGGGAGAAGGGGCGAUGACCUGAGGGAUGAUGACGGAACUGAUCUUGGCGAUGAUUCAGAUGACGAUGGGCAUGGCUCUGCCUCAGAGAUCUCUACUAUUGCCAUGGAGGUGGACAAAGUUAACCAAAUUAUUAACAACUGUAUUGAUGCUCUUAAACUUGAUGCAGCAGCAGUCGCUGCUUCAGACACCUCCACUAGCCACACAGCUUCUAACAAUCCCAACUCCCCACCACCCACCAGCACCUCCUCCCUCACCCGUGGCCUAAUCCCAGGAGGAACAGAGACAUGUCAGGUCAUUACUCCAAACAAAAUACCGCCUCCUCCGCCCCUACCUGCACUAAACACCCCUCUUUCUGAGCGACCAGGGAUCACUGGUGGGGGCUUCGUUGUUUCUCCCCCAUACAGGCACCCUCCCCCAGCCACAGCUACACGCCCCAUUCAGCGGCAAAUGAGUGCAGAUGCAGCUGUUGUUAUGGCAAAUGCUGUCAAAAAACAGAGCAGCACCACAUCUUGUGGCUCCACAGGUCGAGACAGGGAACGUGGUGGAACUCGAGUGUACAGUCUGGAUGUUCCUGAACCAAGAAGCCCGGAUGCCUGUAACCAACAACAGUCGCAGUACCCAGACCGAGCCAGUCCUGUGGGAUGUGGGGAGCCGCUGGAGAGACUGCCUUUAGUAGGGAGUGGGAGCUGUGGAGGAGGGGGUGGUGGUUGCGACAGUGGUGGUGUUGGUGCCCAACAUCCGGACAGCCAGAAGUCACAUCAUUACCAUCAGCAACAGCAGAUACAGCAGCAGCAGCAGCAGCUGGACGUGCAGCAGGACUACCACUGCUCGGAGCACCGCCACUCUGUCCCAGCUCUUUACUACCAAGGGUCCCACCAUGGCUCCCCAGCCCAGCGAGUUUCUUUUCUAAAACCCCUGACACGAUCCCGCAGGGACGCAGCAUCCUAUUCCCAGCUUUCCCCUGCCCGCCAACACUCCAGUUACUCUGGAUACUCUUCUAGCCCAGAGUACUCAUCAGAGAGCUCGCUGCGUAUCUGGGAGCGCUUUCGUCCAUACCGAAAAGGGCCUCGCGAUGAGGCCUGUUACGUGACAGCUGGAAAUGCUCUUCGAAAAAAGGUGCAGUUUGCUAAAGGCGAGGACCUGCAUGACAUCCUUGAUUAUUGGAAGGGUGUCUCUGCUCAGCAGAAGUUGUAACUGGGAACGGAAGUUAAGCAGAGUGGGAAAUGGAGUUUUGGUACUUUUUAUCCUGAUAAGCCCAUGGGCCAGAGGAACCAUUUGAAGUUUAUUGAGGGGAAAAAUGUAGGACAAAUUUUUCCCAUGGGCUUGUUUUUUUUUUUUUUUUCGUUUUUUUUGGCAUGCUAGGUGUAUAGGAUAUUGUGCUACAAGCAAGUACUGUGAAACUGUGCCUGGGAAUUGGACAUUCAUUGCAGUGCUUUUUUGAAGUUUUUUUAACACUUCAUUGUAGCAUUUUUUCCUUUAUUUGGUGUUUGUGGGUUUCUUUUAUUAUACAGGGAACAAAUGCCUACUGUGUAAUUUAGUACUCUUUGAAGUGAUCAUGGUUUGUGAUCCUAUGGACCAUUUUUUAAUCAGUGCCAUGUUUCAUCUCAAGCUUUAAGCUUAUUUGAUCCUGGAUGUUCCUGUUCUGUAUCGGAGUUUACAUUUAUUUCAGCUUAUAAAUGACAGGUGACUCGGAAAGUAUGGAAUCAAGACCCUGUUUUAAGGCAGGAAAAAAACAAAGAUUGGUGAAAAAUCUGCACAACACAGUGUUGUACUCUUUCAAUCAUUUGUUACAAUAAAAAAAUGGAUCAUUUGCAUUCAAAUGCUGAUAUGAAAUAAAAGCUAUCAGGUCAAAAUUAACUAUUAAGUUGUGUGAAAUUGGAGAGAGAUGAGAAAAAGAAGUAGGGGUUUUGUUCAAAGCAUCAAACAAGUUUCCAUUUAACACUUUUACAUGGUUUAGUGAGUGAAAUUGUCAAAUAACAAACUCUUCUUUUGGUAAAAAUAACAAUGAUUAUUCAUCAUUCAUGAGGAUGAUCCCUCAGUUGAUACUAAGGGUGUGACAAUACAUCCAUCUCACAAGGAUGUUGAAGUCUUGAGAACAAAAUUAAACAAAAUUUUUUAGGAAAUCUAAGGCUAUUGUUCACAUAAAGGGAAAAUGCGACCCAUAUCCGACUUAUCCAAACCAGUCUGAACUCUCAAAUUCAAAUAUUUUCACCCAGACAAAAACGGAUUGGUGCCACUAAGUCAUAUAUGUAUCUGACAAAGUCUGCUGUCGGAACUGUCAUGUCACGCUCUGCCUGACUUCCAUGUCACUGACGAAAGACAUGCAUCAUAAUUCUGCACUAGAAGAAGCCAGACUUAAACAACGUGUGAACCAAGCAGUGAUGACACUGGAUGAAGCUAAUCAAUGGAAAUACAUUGACAACACCGUCGCCUCCCAUAUUGCGACAACAUAAAAAUGUAUCUAUUGUUUGCUGCUGUGUGAUCUGUACAUUCUUCUGUACUUGCAGAUUGCUUUGGGGUCUAAGCCACUCACACAGGAACCUUAUUGCAUUUAAUUAUUAAUAUGAACAAACAAAAACACAUUUUAGGAAAGAAAUGGAAUUAAGCAUCAAGAUACUAUGUGUGAACGUAGCCUUAGAUUUCUAUUAUCUUCCCUAUCAAAUACAGGUUUUGCAAAUCACAGUCUGAUUUAAAGAAACUAUAAUCAGUGCAGAGUAUCUCAGUCUAAGUUGGAUGUGAAUCCAUAUGAUAACGUUUUGUUGAUUGUCUUAGUCCAAGGUUAACUUUAUGCCCAAACAAGCAUUGAAAGUCCAUCCUUCUAGUGUUGUCACUCAUACAGCAUAGGUUUUAUUAAUUUAUUUCCUGCAUUUUAAAAUUUGAACAGCCUAAGUAUUUUAGAUUUUGAACCAAGGACGAUCAAGUUAAGUCCAGAAUCACUAGAAAAAUUAUAUUGCCCUUUAGUUUCACACUAAUAGGAAGAUGUCAUGUCAACUUCAGCAUCUUUAGCAGCUAUGGCUAACUGUUUUUGUUUGGCCAGGUAUUCCAAAUGCUACUAAAUAAAUGGAUGAAUGUUGAAGGUUUCUCCAGUGUUUUGUGGCCUUGUGUUAACUGGCCAUAACAGCAGGAAGUUCAUAAGCCUGUCUGGGCUACUCAAGAACUGCUUCUUUUCUUACUUCAAAAUAAGGGUCUCAAACCUAGAUAACACAGGGUGUCAAGUGUAAAGCAGGCACCUUUGUACCCGUGACUUAUAACAGCAGCUUAGAUUCACUUCACCAGAAGUCCUGAUCUGGAUGGAACUGGAUUUAGCUUUGUGAGACAGACUUAGACCCAUUUUAUGUCCUGAGCUCUCAUGCCACUGAUAACAUGAGGUUGAGGUUGUUUAACACAAAAAUUUAGUUAUUGAUAUAUGAGUUUACAUACAGUAUCUCCCCUUUAAACUGUUAUAGUCCACACUGACCAAAAAGACCAAAAACAUGUGAGUGAAAGAAAUGCAAUCGGAAGAUAACGUACAAACAAUAUUUCUGAGUAUAGAAGAAAUGUAUAUAGGUUAUAAACUUGUAAUGUGGACAGUAUCAUUUAACAUGAGCAUGACGUUACAUUCCAAAUCCUUUGUCAAACAUUAAAAAUGAACGAGGCACAGUAGGAAAGGGUGCUUAUGAUUACUGCCAAUGUGUUUAUUCUGUUUCGGAAACAAUCGCUAUUGUCUAUAAAUGAUAACCUAAUUAACCAACUUGUGACAGGCAUGUCCUCUUGCACUUUAUGCCUCAUAAUCGUGUAUGUGUAGCUGUGUGGUACACAGUGGUCAUUGUAAGGAAGCGUCGGCAUGCCUUGUCAGAUAAUAUAUUGUAUGCCCAAACAGGCUUAAAUUAAUAUCUCUUUUUUCCCCCUGUGUCUGGUUGUCUCAGUCUGAACAACAAUAGAUUAUUAAUGGCAUGUACAAAUGUACAUAUGUCAUACAGGUUCAUGGUACUUUUUGUCAUACUUUGGAUAUCACAGUGCUGUGAUGAUUCACAAAUGUACUGUGCUUUUUUGGUAACAGCCAUCACUAGACCUUGCUCACAUUUUAGGGUCAAUUAACCCUUUUCAUAAUCUGCAAUUUGUGUCACUUCCCUGUAUUUAGAAACAAAACAACAAAAGAUUAGUUAUUCAGCCAUCAAGGGACAUUCUGCACUAAACUUAAACAUGUGAAAGUUUUUUUAACUGCCAUGUUAACAUUUUACUAAGAUUCUCUUUUACUGACUUCCCACCUUACCUGCCCACUUGGGUAAAGUGGGAUGUUGGUAUGAGGGAAAGUAACAAUCUGUUAUGCAGGCACACAUGAGCAGUAAUUUUUGGAUUGUUUUAAACGUUGAACUUUUGCAGUUGACCUUCAGCAUUAUAUUUAUUCUAGAGAAUAAAUGCAAGAUGAACAGGAAAUAUGCAAAAGUAUAUCGAUGUAUCUCAAUGCAGAUCUCAUUCUCGUUGUAUUUCUUUAAACAGUGGUCACCUUAUACUUUUUUUUUUUUUUUUACCAAUUUUGCUAUUCUGUGGUGUUAAGAAGAAGCACCUUUUUGAAAUUCCGAAUUCAGAUAUGAGAGGUGGAAAUACCAAAACAAAAUUCAUGUUUCAAAUGUGAGUUUGUUUCUCCAAGCACCACGUUUCUAGCUUUGACCGGCAUUUUAUGAUCAUUGAGAUGUUUCAGCUUUUGUUGCUUUCCAAUCAUCUCAAGUAAGAAAGAAACAUUUUCAAGGAACACAAGAUACUUUUAUCAAAUCCUUGGAUAAUUUACUCCCUUUCGCUGAUAUUUUUGGACCAUUUUAUCAAACAGAGGAAAUUUGGUGCGCUCUAUUCACUGCAGUCUCAACUGCCAUAACAAGUUUACAGAAAUGGACUCUGAAGGUCACAGCAAACAUUCAGGAUAAGAAUGAUGGUUUCAUCUUAGCGGCCAUUCAUGUUUAUUUUACAAAAUACACAAAAAAAUGUGACCGAAAAUGUUGUUACUAUUUUCAUGAAUAACAACUGAAUUCAUACAUUUCUAUUUUAUUAACAUAUAUAUAUAUCAAUGUGUUUUCAGGAAAUAGACUUUCAGGUGUAAGAUGUUUCAACUACUCUUCUGCUCUGACUCUAUUAAAAUACUUGCUUUAUCUUACAGUGAAGCAUUUACAAUCCUAUUUCAAUGUUGGGGUGUGAGUUUAUUUUAUUUUUUUUUUCCAAAAAAUCUGAGCAACUAAAGGUUUUUGUCUUUAAAGAGAAAUCAAAACGGAGAGACCGUCAACAUUGCAAGCAAAUUUCAAACAGCAUAAUUGAGAAAAAAAAAUUUACAAGAACAAUAUAACAGAGACUGAGAAAGCUCAUAGAUAUUUGUUCAGAAUGUACUCUAUAGGCUGGGACGCUUAUGAGAAUUUUAUACCAAGAUGAUUUUCUAGAACUUAACUAGGGCUGGUGGUAGAUCCAGCUCACUCUGAUAAAUAGAUUGGUUCUCCACACCUAGAAAACCAGCCCAGCGUCACGUCUCUAAAACGUUCUGUUCUCAUACAUGUUUAACCCUCCCUCUGUAGUUUUCUGAAAUUCUGUACAGGAUUACAGCUCAGGGGGACAGUUUAGCUUCAUAAAUUGUAAAGUUUGUUUCUCACCAUUUCUGCAAACAGAUGCCCUGCAAUCCCCAGUUUAAUUUGUUAACACUGUUUUAUGCAGCAGACAGUGUUUAUGAAAGCUUCACGGUCCUCACCAACUUAUUUUUGAUUGGCUCCAGUAUCUUGAGAUACUAAAAAACUACAAUGUUUUCUGUCUAACUUAAUAUUGUGGGAUAAUAAAGAUACAAAAUAUAAGAUGUACAUGUUGUAGUGAAGCAAGUGUUGAGAAGAUAUUCAUAAAGAUGUCAGUGAUUUGCAAAUUUUGGAUUUUAAACAUUUUUGUUUCAACUAAACUUGGAUAGAAGACACUGUAUGAGCAAGACAUCUAAAAUUUUCAUUUGAUUAUUUAUGGCUCAAAUGACAACUGAUAAUCCUGAUGGAUAAUCAAUGGAUUUCCAAUGAUCAGAGUGUGUACAGUUGUAAAUAUCAGCAUUUUCUGCUAAUCUAACGAACAGUGACCAAUUCAAAUUCUGAUAUGUGAAAUCUGUAGAUGGCAAAUUUUAAUUUCUCAAUCUAAAAUAUUAGUCAUAGCAUCUGCGGUGAAACUUUGUUGUCCCACACAGCCGGCAACAAAGAGAAAGAAAACUCUCAGCCCACGUUCUCCAUGAACCCCUGGAGGGUGACUUGCUCAAAGAUGGAUGGUCCUUUUGUAACGCCAUCCCUCUUGUUUGUCUCAGAGCCGUAGGAAAGCGAGACGUGAAAAAGCCAUCUACCACACUAUCAAUGUUUAAUCAUUAUGUUAGAGACUAACUUGGGUGGCGUCUGAAAAAACAGACAUUUUUCAGCUUGAAACUUGUUAUUGUAAUCUGACACGGUGUUAUACCAGUGCAGCCAAAUUAAAUUGGGACGAAUUCUUUAAUUUGACACUGCUGACUUUUACCCAUUAUGACUGAUGGAUGAAACAUCUUCAAAUUAAAACAUUCUCUUUACAUUUCAUAUUAAUAAUGCAUCCACACAUUUAAUGGUGUGUUACAUUACAGUAUUUUCUACAUUUGUCUUCCUACCCCGCAAAAAAUAAAAUAAAAUAAAAUUGCAUAGAGCAGAUGAUGGAAAUGCAAUAUAUGAAUGUGAGUCAGAAUGAGUCACACACACUGACUAAACCAAAAUGACUCUUUUCCUGUAAGGCAGGUAAUGUGCAAGGUCUUCAGAGAAAGGGCAUGGAGUUAGACUUUGGUUGAAUGCAGGCAGACAUCUGUAAUAAAAGAUGUGAAAGGAUGGCUACACUAAAAUCUACCCUGCAUGAAUCAGUGCAUCGCUUCAGAUGAACUUUUGCACAUGAAUACGCACGCGAACGUGUCUGCUUAACUGAAAAGUAUUGUAGGAUUAUUUCUGAACAAGUUCAGAAAACGCAACAGUAAAAGCAGCUUUUUUUGGGCAAGUUAAUUUAUAUUUGAUGUUAAUGCAGGUGCCAGAGCUGACAGUAGGAUGCAAAGCUUUUCAUUUGGUGUCCUUUAGACCUUUUCUCUAAUAGUCUGCUAAGUCUAUUAGCUUUCUGUGUGGGAAAUUAGCCUGAGUGGAUAAUGUGCCAUAUUUGAUUAGUGGAAAACUGUGUGUCCUUUUAUAACAGCCACAGAAGAGCUUGUUGAAUAAAAUUAAAAACAUCCUUUUUUGUGUAGGUUGCUCUGAUGUGAAACUGUAUUUGGCAAAUUAAGCAUGUACUGCUGUGGUUGGGCAAGCAUGAGAGGGGAUUUUCCACUAGGACUACGCUCAUCGACCACUUUCUUAGGCACAUUUUGCUGGUGCCGAGUUGAAUCCUGUUUUGCCUUCAAAACCGCUUUAAUAUUUUAUGGAGUGGAUUCAAAAGAGAUUUUCACAUUGACAUGAUAGCAUCACACUGUUACUGGAGAAUUGUUGGCCAAACAUCCGUAAGAAAUCUCACCUACAGUGCUGUCUGCGCCCGCUCCAGUCAAGGUAAUGUUGCAUUAAAUUGACCUGCUUUAGGAUCUGCAUUCAGGGACAGCAGCCUCAACAUUACACGUUGUGAUGUUUGGUCAUAGAUCAAGCACAACUAAAAGUAAACUAAAACAGAUAUAUUAAUACCUGAUUUAUCGCAGAAGCAUUCACUUGCCUUCAACAUUGUUUUCUGGACGUGUUAGCUUCAAUGUACUAGCUGCGAAUGUUGAUAUUUCUGAGCAGAAGAGUACUUGAAAAACUUUAAAGUGAGCUAAAAGUUGGGCUAUGGUUUCCCACCUCAUUGGACCCACUUUCCAAAGGACUUAAUCUGUGAAAUAUCUGUGAAUUUUGUAUACAAGAUGAAAAAAAAAGGUUAAAAAGGCUUCUGUGGAUGUUUUAUACUCAGCCUGAAUUUCUUGAUAUGUCUGUGUGCUUCUCGGUUUUGAGUUGAAUGUUUGUCUUUGUUUAAUUUCUUUUUGGGUACUGGGAGGCGAAUCAGGGGAGUGAUUUUAAGUAACUGCAAUGAUAUAUGUCAUAAAGGUUAAGAACAGAGAAAGCUUAACUUAGUGUACUACAUAAAAGAAUAAGCUGUUAUAUUUGCAUGAUUCCUGUAUUUUUUGAGCGAUACAAUUUUAUGUUGUGUACAAUGAGCGAGCAUUGAAAACAAAACUCUGAGGAUGAUAGUUUUGUCAAGUACCUUUCAUCGAACAUCAAGGGUUUUGCUGUUCUCUUUCUCUGUCUUUUUGGUGUAUUUUUUUUCAUGUACAUUCUUGCCAAAUGGGUUUUCAUCAGGUGAUUGUACAACAUGCUGAAAUUGUAGACAGUACACUUCUAGCCACAGGGUAAGAAAGUUUACACUCCACAGCAGAGGGCAUUUUCACAACUGGUGAUUGCUUUCAUCCAUCUCCAUACUAGUUUAUUCAGAUUAGUCUCUCACGGCAGAUAGUAGCAGCUGGCUUUUAGGUUUGAGGCCAUGUCAGCGGUGCAAUUUUCUCUUAAUUCAGCCAUUUUCUUGUGAUUAAAAACAUAUUACUACUUUAAAAAAUUGCGGUGAAGUGAUGUGGGCUCACACACAGAUAGUGUAAUGGGCUGAACCUAAUCUUAAUCCAUCAGUUUGAAGUAAAUUAAUGUAAUCAGCAGCUCCUCCCUUAGCUGCAGCCCUCUUGCUGCUAGCUAAAGGACUGACUUUUUAUUCCGCCUCCUCUGGUCUCAGAACCUGCUGGCUCACUAUCCAGUUAGCUACUGAAUUUACCCUGUGUUCCAAUACUCGUCAGUCAGUCCUUUAACACCAGCAUGUGAAUCAAAUUCGUUGAAAUACGAAAGACAGGUAAGACACUGCAGAGACCAAAAAACGAAUGGCUAGUAAUUGAGUAAAAGUAAAGAAUAGAGAGGGUGAAAUAUGAGGUAACACAUUCCAUAGCACAGAGAAAAGAGAGCACAUUUUUGAUGGAAGGAUCCUCACAUAAGCCAUUUUUAUUUUUUUAAAAAGACAGUACUCAAGCCUUGGCCAUUGCAUAAAACUGAAUCUCCCAUUGCAACAAUUCUGAAGAGAAGAUCAAAAUCUGAGAAUAUUUUCUACAUGUAUAUUUCCUCUGCUUUGUUUGUUUGUCUUUUGUCGCACAACAUUUUUUUUAGGGUUUUUAUUUUAAUAUCAGACAAAAGCAUAACUGGGUGUGCAGUUUUCAAAUGAUCAUUUAAUUUAUUAAGAAAAAGGUAAAACACCUAUCCAAACCUUUUUGGAUCAUUGUGAAAAAGAAAUUGCCACAUGAAUAAGUAGUAAUGAUCCCCAAUGUUUUGGAAAGAUGAGCACGAACAGCAUAGAAAACAUAUGAGGGCUAAAAGAAUGAAACAAAUUCAAUAAUACAUGAGAAAUGAAGUUACAAGGAAAAGGUUCCAAAAAUGCUUACAGUCAUAACACUUUGGGACUUCACUGAAUAACAUAGAUAUUUAUUACAAACAAAUAGAGAAAACAUGGAGUGGUGGAUCAACCAAAAUUACUACAAUAUUACAAGAUUACUCAUAUGCAGAGUUACAAAAAAACUAAAACAAAACAAAAAACAACUGUUGACCAAAGAAAACACAAAGGCAAAAAAUCUAAUUAUUAAGGCAUUUGUUGCUUCAGGGCCUGAACGACUUGCUGUGGUAGAGAGAAUCACAAAUUCUCCUCCAUACUAGAAAAUGCUGAAGGAGAAUCUGCUGCCUUCAGUUCAUGACCUGAAGUCAAAGCCCAACUGGAUCAUGCAGUCAAACUGUAAUGAAAUCCAGCUGAGAUGUUUUGCCCUGGCAAUAAGUAGGUUGCUCAUGUUUGAAACCAAUUCCAAUGUGGCAAUUCAGUGGAAGAGUAUGGGCCAAAAUUUCUCCUCAACAAUAGAAAAAAAACUCAUUAUUUCUCACAGGUGUUUGUUGGGAUUGGUUACCAUUACGGGGGACAUUUUAAGGUUA